GCCAACUGCCACCAAGAAAUUGGGGUACGCCAAAAUCAAGCAUUCGUGUGAACGGGCUCUGCAAUAUGGCCUAGGCUAUGUAUGGGUGGAUAGAUGCUGCAUAGAUUAAGACCAGCAGUUCCGAGCUUUCUGAAGCCAUCAACUUUAUGAUGGCAUGGUACGCCAAGUCUAAGAUAUGCUAUGCUCACUUAGCAGAUGUACCUCCAAUUACCGAUCAAGGGCUUGAUGAAGCUGCCUUUUCGCGGAGUCGAUGGUUCACUCGAGGGUGGACCCUUCAGGAGCUUAUUGCGCCAUGUCAUUUGCUAUUCCUGGCUCAAGAUUGGUCAGACAUAUACGAGAGGGGGACUUUAGCUGGGCUUAUAAGUGACAUCACUGGCAUUAGUCACUCCUUUCUACAAGUGAGGCUGUACAGUGAAAACAGUGAAAGUCUCAAAUUCGAGCUUAUAUCAACAAGCAUCGCGGAACGAAUGAGCUGGGCAUCGAACCGUGAAACAAGCCGAAUAGAGGACAUGGCAUAUUCUUUGCUGGGUAUUUUACAAGUCAGCAUGCCCCUCUUGUAUGGAGAAGGAUCUGCUGCCUUUCGAAGAUUACAAGAAGAAAUCAUCAAAUAUUCCGACGAUCAGUCAUUGUUUGCGUGGAGCUACAGAGCACCAGAACAGGAUUUGAGUCAUAAACGACCUAUACGUCGGUCAUUGCUCGAGGGAAUAGUUUCCUUCUUCAUAGUCUUUGAAACUUCUCCAGAAUGUUCUGGAGCAAUGCAAACAGACGACUCAAACAUCUCGGGAAUACUCGCUGAGUCCCCAGCGGCAUUUCGAGGUUGUGGCGACAUAGUUCUAUGCGACGUCAAAAAGCCGACCCCUCCUUUUCGAUGACCAAUAAGGCCUAAGCAUAGAACUGCCACUUCUUGAGCUCUCAGACGGCUGAGAAGAUAGAGAAGAUAGACAAUACCUAUUGGCGAUCCCAGACGUGGGAACUACGUGGCCGAUCAUGCAGCCUGGCUUAGAUGGCCCCGCUAACAGCUUUAUGU